UUUAAUUAACAAGGUUGCGGUCUAAAUUGAAAUAUUUCCGCUUAAUUCUUCUCUCUCCUGGCUGUUCUCUUGUUUCCAGAUGAUCCCACUUUUGAAUCCUCUCCCUCCCUUUGAACGCAGCCUUCAAUUCAAAAAGCUGCACCCUUUUUUUAUUUCCCUUCUUUCCAAGAAGCCACAAGCAACCUCACAAGCCAGCAAUCUUCAGUCAACCCUCUCUUUAGUUUCUUCCUUCCCCUCCAUUUAUAGCAAUAUAGCACUGGAGAGAUAGCAACAUAGCACGGGAGAGAGAGAGAGAGAGAGAGAGAGAGAGAGAGAACAACAACAAUGGCAAUAGAUUUACUUUCAAUCUUCUCAGCCGCAGCUCCCUACCUCCUCGUCACUAUCGCCACUCUCCUCCUCUAUGAACAGUUCUCAUACAUUAAGAAAAAGGGCCCACUCCCCGGCCCCACCUUUAUCGUCCCUUUCCUUGGCAGCACCAUCCCCAUGAUCCUCAACCCAACCAAAUUCUGGCACGACCAAGCCACCGCCGCCAAAUCCUCUCUUUCGGGCCUCUCCGCCAACUACCUCGUCGGCCGCUUCAUUCUCUUCAUCCGCUCCAGCGAAGUCUCCCACCUAGUCUUCUCCAAUGUCCGCCCUAACGCCUUCCACCUCAUCGGCCACCCUUUUGGUAAAAAACUAUUCGGCGAACACAACCUCAUCUACAUGUUCGGCGACGACCACAAAGAUCUCCGCCGCCGCAUCGCCCCUAACUUCACCCCUCGCGCUCUCUCCACAUACCUAAAUCUUCAGCAAAAGGUCAUCCUCACCCAUCUCAACCACUGGCUCUCCAUCUCUUCCUCCAAAUCUCCACUCAAACUCCGCCUUCUUUGCCGCGACCUCAAUCUCGACACUUCCCAGACCGUUUUCGUUGGACCUUAUCUCUCCCAAGAAGCUCGCCAAAAAUUUAACGUAGAUUACAAUCUCUUCAACGUCGGGUUAAUGGCCAUCCCGUUUGAUCUACCUGGCUUCGCCUUCCGCCGGGCGACAAAGGCUGUUUCACGGCUUAUACACACUCUCAGCCGCUGCGCCGUUGAGAGCAAAACCCAAAUGCUGGCCGGGGAAGAGCCGACUUGUCUCGUUGAUUUCUGGAUGCAAGACAUGCUGCGUGAGAGAGAGUCUGAGGACCUUGACAAGAUCGGUGGCCAUUUGUUUGACUUCUUGUUCGCCGCUCAGGACGCGUCCACAUCAUCGUUGCUUUGGGCUGUGACUUUGCUGGAGUCUCACCAGGAUGUUCUUUACCGGGUUCGGGAGGAGGUGGUGGCGGCUUGGAAUCCUCUCUCCGGGGAGCUUUUGACACCGGAGAUGGUCCGGGGGUUCAAGUAUACAGAGGCGGUGGCGAGAGAAGUUGUGCGGUUCCGCCCACCAGCGACCAUGGUGCCGCAUAUCGCCGGUGAGGAGUUCCGGUUGACGGAUGAAUACGUGGUGCCCAAGGGGACCAUUGUUUUUCCAUCUGUGUAUGAGUCCAGUUUUCAAGGGUUCACGGAACCGGACCGGUUUGACCCAGAUCGGUUUGGAGAGGGGCGGGUGGAGGACCGGGUUUUUAAAAGGAAUUUCUUGGCGUUUGGAGCUGGACCACAUCAAUGUGUGGGGCAGAGGUAUGCGAUCAACCAUUUGGUUGUGUUUAUUGCCAUGUUUGUUUCGCUACUGGAUUUCCGACGGGAGAGGACGGACGGCUGUGAUGAGAUCGCGUAUGUCCCUACCAUUGUGCCUAAAGAUGAUUGCUUGGUUUAUCUCUCCUCCCGUUUCAAUCCCUUCCCCUCAUUUUAAGCGUUUGUCAUGUGUGUUAUUGUGUAAGACUUAGGUAUGUGUUUUUUUAAUUUAUUUUUUUAUUGGGAAAUAUAACGAAAAACAAAAUGUUUGAUUGUCUUGUUUUCUUUUAGAAUUUGAGAGAUGUAUUAAUUGUG